GGUUUUGUUAACAAGAGUGUUCAGAGUUAUAACCAAUUCCUGAGGGAGUGAGUGAGUUAAAGAAGGAUCUAAGAGCUGGUGAUCAAAAGGCUAAUUAAUUGGUGAUCACCAACUUGCACUCACUCUCCAGUUCAAGGAUCAAGCAUUAAGAGCAGUUCAGUGCAAAACAUUGAACAACCUCAAACCCAAAAUUUGGCAGCUUGGUGAGAUUUGGAUCAUCCUCAAAGGGAAUUUCCCUUGCAUACUCUUCUUCUUGGGUUCUUGUCUGUAAGAUUUAAGAUAUCAUGGAGGAGAAUGGUAUCUCAAACAAUGCAUCCAAGAACAAUAAGUGGAAACUACCUCUCUCAGUUUUCUUCAAAGAUGCAAGACUUAUUUUCAAGAUGGAUUCCCUUGCUAAAGAGAUACUUGGGAUUGCAUUCCCAUCUGCACUGGCUGUUGCUGCUGAUCCCAUUGCUUCUCUUAUAGACACAGCAUUCAUAGGCCAUUUGGGACCGGUGGAACUUGCUGCUGCUGGAGUUUCCAUUGCUUUGUUCAAUCAAGCUUCAAGGAUUACCAUAUUCCCUCUGGUUAGUAUUACAACUUCCUUUGUGGCUGAGGAAGAUACUAUUAAAAAAAUCAAGUUAGCAGCAGAAAAGCAGUUCUCUGAGAACAUGAAGGCCAAGUCCAACGAAGUAAUGCCUGAUGAUCAUUUGCUUGAAGACAUGGAGAAAGGUGCAACCAAAGGGAACAGUGAAACUGCAAAAGAAAAAGAAACUUUGCCUGCAAGUGGUGACACAAAGGAGUUAAGGGAAAAUAAUGGAGAUGCAGGUGCCAAUUCAAUUAUAAGCAAGUCUUCCUCUGUUAUAAGUAAUGGGCAUAAGAAUGUGACAAAAUCUGAAAAGAAGCAGAAGAGACAAAUUGCUUCAGCUUCAACAGCACUACUUUUUGGCACAGUCCUUGGCCUCCUUCAAGCUGCAACCCUCAUAUUUGCAGCCAAGCCUCUAUUAGGUGCAAUGGGUCUGAAACCUGGUUCUCCUAUGCUAAUCCCAUCAAUGAAGUACUUGAGAUUGAGAGCCUUAGGUGCUCCUGCAGUGCUUCUUUCCCUAGCUAUGCAAGGAAUCUUCAGAGGGUUCAAGGACACAACAACUCCUCUAUAUGUCAUUGUUUCCGGGUAUGCAUUGAAUGUGGCUAUGGACCCAAUUCUUAUAUUUCGCUGCAACUUGGGCAUCAGAGGUGCAGCCAUUUCACAUGUGCUCUCUCAGUAUGUGAUGGCAUUUGCCUUAUUUGUUAUAUUGAUGAAAAAAGUGGAUCUGGUACCCCCAAGCAUGAAGGAUUUGCAGAUUUUCAGGUUUCUUAGAAAUGGUGGUCUGCUAUUGGCCAGAGUAAUAGCAGUGACAUUCUGUGUGACCUUGUCAGCCUCAUUGGCAGCAAGGUUAGGUGCAACUCCUAUGGCUGCAUUCCAAACCUGCCUUCAGGUGUGGAUGACAUCAUCACUUCUUGCUGAUGGCAUAGCCGUUGCUGUACAGGCAAUUCUAGCCUGCUCCUUUGCUGAGAAAGACUAUGACAAGGUAACAGCUGCUGCAACAAGGGCACUGCAAAUGAGUUUUGUUUUAGGAGUGGGACUCUCUCUUUUAGUUGGAGUUGGACUCUUCUUUGGAGCUGGAAUCUUUACCAAAAGUGUACUUGUUAUUCACUUGAUCAGAACAGGCAUCCCGUUUGUAGCUGCUACACAACCAAUCAAUUCACUAGCCUUUGUCUUUGAUGGUGUGAACUAUGGGGCAUCUGAUUUUGCUUAUUCUGCAUACUCCUUGGUCAUUGUGUCAUUAGCAAGUGUUGCUACAAUAUUUCUUCUCUACAGGAGUGAAGGUUUUAUUGGGAUCUGGAUUGCACUAACCAUCUAUAUGAGCCUUCGCAUGUUUGCUGGUAUAUGGAGGAUGGGAACAGGAACAGGACCUUGGCGUUUUCUCAGAGGCCAAUCAUAGUCUUGAUGACAACUAAUAAAAUAAACUUCAUCGUUGAGCAUCAUCACAUACAAUAUCACUCAAUUAGGAUUAGUUGUCUUUUUUAAGACAUGAUUACUUCUCCCUAAUAAUGUGAUAAUCUUAUAUCUCCAUUUAUAGGUGCUAGCUAGUAUUUCCAGUUUGACAGUACCUGUGCUUUUUUUUUCUUCUUCUUCUCUUUGAUGUAUCCUCUACUCAUUGUAAUUUUGUUGUACUUAGAAGAUUCUUCUUCUUCUUCUUGUCAGUAUGUAAACUCUUACUCCAUUUAGAUAUAAAAAAUAAAUUUCUUCACAA